UUGGAGUAUAUAAGGAAGACGCAUCGUGAUAGACAUCCUGGGAGACACUGUGUAUUUGAUUAUCAGGAUGGCACUUAUAAGCAUCGCUGUAGUGUUACUGUUCAUGGUGGUGGGUUCACAUGAGCAUGGCAUGUUGAUAGACCCUGUGAACCGUAGCUCCAUGUGGCGUAAAGGCUACAACACACCCGCAAAUUAUGAAGAUAACCAGCUCUUCUGUGGUGGUCGGUCGGUUCAAUGGGAACAAAAUGGCGGCAGGUGCGGUGAAUGUGGGGACAAUUAUCAACUAGCUCGGCCUAGACCAAACGAAAAUGGCGGCACUUUUGGAACUGGUAUUGUUGUCGCGAACUACCCGGCUGGAUCAGUCAUCAAAACCGUGACUAAACUAACAGCGAAUCAUUUGGGUCAUCUCGAAUUCCGACUUUGCAAACUGAAGUCGAGCGGAGAGCUGGAAUCUGAAGAGUGCUUCGCACAGUAUCCGCUGAAAGUAAAGGGUGGCAGCACGAUCUACAAUUUACCCAAUCAGAACACCGGAAACUUCGAAGUCGAACUGACCCUGCCUAAUAUAAAGUGCGAACAGUGCGUCCUGCAGUGGACUUACGUAACAGGAAAUUCCUGGGGCAUUUGUGCGAAUGGUACGGGUGCUUUGGGCUGCGGGCCACAGGAGACCUUCCGCACUUGCUCGGACAUUUCUCUCACCUGAUGACCUGGCUGCCUACAUAUAUAUGUGUGUGUGCAUGAAGGGGGGGGGUGUUAUAUCUGUAACCCAAUAGCAGGAUCAAUGAACCGUACCUUAAUAGAACAUGGCAUAUAAUUUUUAUCUAAGAGUGUGUCCUUCAACACAACAAAUAAGUAAAAGAACGUUUUCAAUUGAAAACAAGCAUAUAUUAAUCUGUACCUCAUUUAUUUAUUACAUGUAUACGUAUAAAUUUAAGCAUAUAAUAAACAAGUGAGGCACAUAUGCUUGUCUUCACUUGAAAACGAUCCUUAAUGUAUUUGCUGUGUCAACGGUCACAUUCUUAGAUUUGACAUAAGCAAAAUGAUGCAAACUAUAAUGUUUAUAUAAUUUUUAAUUUUACGCUUAUAGUGACGUAAUUCAAAAACAGCCGUCUGAAAUCUAACAUCGAUGGCAAUAUUCAGAGGAAAAGCAUUACCAUAUUAUGAAGCGUAUGGCAUGUUUUUGAUUAACGGAAUUUUAAAUAGUUAGUUGAAAACGUGGUAAAGAAUAAGUAUAUAUAUAUAUAUGGACGAUAGAAAGUAACCGCCGACUUCACUAGUCAAAAGAAUAAAUGAAGAGUUUUAUCCUCUCGGAUAUGACGCCGAGUAGUCCGUGAAACAUAUCCUGUCAUGCAGAAGUUGUUAACUACUUCACGCUGGUUUCUUACUUGACUUACUCCUCGACCCUAAAGAUGGAAGCGGCAUACUCCUCCGAAACAUAGGUUGAGAACAGACUACACGGCGUUAUAUCCCAUAAGAUACAACUGUGAAAUCGUCAAAUCAUAUAUAAGAUCAGUCAUUCGGCGCACGUUCAUCUAAGGUUACUAACAACAUUUGUGUUUACACGUCACGUUUUAAAGCAGACUGUUACAUUGUUAGAUGUUUAACACAAUCUUUCUUUGUAAAAAAAUAUAAAUAUUAAAUGUUUAUAUUAAAUCUUUGGGACCCGAAACUUUGUUUUA